AUGACCCCGAAAAAGACCACAAAGGAUGAGUCCCCAGACGCCGAAGCCGCGUCCCCUGAACCUGGCACCAAGCGUAAAGCCUCCGAAACCGACGUCAAAAAAGACACCUCAGCCUCUGAACCAGACACCAAAAAGCCAAAGAAAUCCCCAGACUCCAAGGACACCAUAGAAUGGCUCCUAAGCGACGAAGCCUUCUCCCUCGCCUUCCCCUCCCUGGCCCCUGGCCACGGCGAGGUCGACUGGGACUCCACCACACAACCUCAAAAGACGCCUCCCCCCGAAGACGCCGGAAAGAAGAAGCCCAAGGAUGAUGAUGAAGAGCUGCCGCUGCUUACGUACCCGGACUCCAGCCUCACGCCUUUCCAGAACCUCGUCGCCGCGCUGUUGCUCAGCAAGCCCAUCUCGCACCGCUUGGGCCUGCGCACGAUCAACACGCUGCUGAACGAGCCGUUUGGGCUACGCACGCUCAAGGAUGUGGAUGAGGCGGGAUUCGAGGGGAGAAGGAAGGUGAUGUGGGAGGCGCGGACGCAGCAUAAGGAGAAGUCGGCGGCGCAGCUGGGGGAUCUUGUGGAUGGUGCAAGGGGGAUUUGUGGUGAGGGAGAGGAGGAUGGGAGUGUGGAGCAGAUGGAGGGACUACGAGCGCAGGUCAAGGGCUUGAAGAGUGUGGAGGAGGCGCAGAAAAAGGUCGAGAAGAUCUUGACGGAUGGGAUUAAGGGGGUUGGGCCGACGGGGGCGGGGAUCUUUUUGAGGCGGGUGCAGGGCGAUUGGGAAGAGGUAUUUCCGUAUGCUGAUCAGAGGGCGUUGGAGGUUGCGGUCAAGUUUGGGUUGAUUGAGGAGGGAGAUGGGGCGCAGGAGUUGGCGAAAAGCGUUGAAGAUGUUAGGGGGAAGUUUGUGAGGCUUCUUGAUGUACUCGUUGGGAUCCAGCUGGAGAAGAAGACGGAGGAAGCGUUGGAGAAAGCAGGCGUCACGAAAUAA